CAUAAAAGCGGCAGCCUGAGCUGUCACAGUUCGAGUGGGAUUCCCAACUUCGUAGAACCGACAGGUCCUUCUCUCUCUCUUCCCUCACUCACAGCCACCCUCUUGUCAGUUCCCUCACCUGCUGCUUGCUUGCUGUCUCACCCCCUACCCCCCUUCCUAUUCCUGUCUAAAAAGAUCCCUUCAGUGUUUUUAUUUUUUAAAGAAACAGAUAAAAAGCAAUCCCGUUUUCUUUCCAUCUUCCUCAAGUUCCCCCAAAAAAACAAGGUUGAAGUCGUUUCGUUUCCAGUUCCUCUUCUUCCUUCCGUGGUCCUGUCUGGAAAGAACUCCCCUCGGUGACUGCCAGCAGCUAGUUCGUCUCGCAGGUUCUUCCAGGAAGAGUCCAGCCACUAUUAUUCCGUCCAUGAUCCAGGAAGGUCACCAAAGCGCUAAAGAAAAAGAGAUCUAUUCCAUCAGAAGACGAUUCAGCCUAAUCACUACGGCCAAGACUGCAGCCGAGGUCAACAGAAUAGCCACCUGAAUCGCUGCCCCGCCCGCCCCCCCUACCCCCCAAGCGAGCUGUUUCCAGCGAGAUUUCUUUUUUUAUUAAGUCGUCCAGAACCUCAACAAUCACCUUCAGGAUGAAUUCCUUCCGCUCCUUUGUCAUCUACGUAUUCCUGGUCGCCGUCAUGCUAUCUCUCAUCCAGUAAAUGGUCUCCGCCAGUCCUCUCUGCCCAGGUUCGCACCAGACAGAGCAGGACCUGAGCAAGUGCAAGUACGGAACCGCAGUUGGAUGGUGCGGAAAUCUUGAGUGCGCAAAGGGCCCAGGAGAACGCUGUGGUGGCAACUGGCUCGAACACGGAAGCUGUGGAGAGGGGAUGUACUGCGGCUGCGGAUACUGCGCUGGGUGUUACAUCGUCAAAUGUGCUCCCAGGUUGUUCUGCUAACUACCAAGACCAAGAAUCCCUCGAACAACUAUGAAAACACUUCAUCUUCUGGUGUUGGUUGGUGCGUGAGGUAUUGCGGUCUGACUGAAAUAAGGAAAGCUGCUGCUGCUGCUUUUGCAAAGAUUGGUGAAGCAAGCGCCGUGUCUGGACGUCCCUGCGGAUGCUUCUUGCAAAUUCAAGGAGAAUGGUGCGCCCCUACAGGAUGUCUUGGUUGGCGGCUAAGAUGCAGGGAUUUAACCUGCCUUGUCAGAUGUCCAUCAUAGAUUAUCAUCAUCAUCACCACAUGCUUUUCAUAAACGAUAUAAUUCAGCAUUCAUAUCCAUAUUUUCAUUGUAAGUCAAGAAGAGAGAUAGUAUUGAAUAUGCUCUUCUGUGAGAAACAAAACCUUGUAAUGUCACCAUAGACAUUGCGCAGUGGAAUCUUUUCUAGACAUUAAAAGUAAGGACAAAUGGGCAUUUUCGAGUUGGUGUCAACAGCCUCUCUCUCUCUCUCUGGAUGAGAGAAGUUCCAGGCAUAUUCCUUGCCAGCUCCGACCGAGGCAAAACAGCCUGUUACCAAAUUCAGUGAUCAUUCGGCCGAGAGGAUGAUGAGCUUAGGAGCCCCACCUUCCAAAAUGACCCACUACUAAAUUCCGUUUCACAUAAUCGUGAAGAGUCCUCAGCCAAGUUGGAAAUCAUUGCUGGAGGCUGAAAGGAUUUUGUGGAUGAUCACUGUCCUCUGUGACAUCAUCUGUGACACCUCCUGUGUUCGCUGUGUAGAAGACAUCCUUUGCAGCCUGCAGGAGUUGUGUGUGAGUGUGUGUGCGUGUGUGUGUGUAGCAUUGAAAGCGAGUCGUUUUGGGGGUUGCUGAUCGUGAUAUACCGGUGAGCUGCAAUAUUGAAUUCUGUUUCUUAUAGUGCUAAUUGUGAUAACUUGUUUUUUUUUAUUUAACCUCGUGUCUUUACGCAGCUAGGGUUGUAUAGCAGACCUAGCGUAGCUCUUGAAUAGUGGAAAAUACCUGCCAAUUUCCGAAGUCGAUUUCUGUGUUCUUAGAAAAGAUGUUGUUAAGCCCCUGGCAAUGCGUAUAUUCGAGUUCGCUGUGUGAAAGUAUAACUUACCCAAACCUGUGAUAACCUAGACAUUGUGCUUUUAUUGUUUUUGGAAAAAUACGUAAGAGUACCCCCUUUCGGUCUUUGUGCUGUGUUAAGAGAUGUCUGAGAAGGACACACAUUCAGCUUUCUCUCUGUGAGUGUGUUCUUCUCCUCUUUUUCUGAGCCAGGAAUUUUGCCCUUUUGGGAGAGAAGAAGGGCUAAAACUGGAGACAUCUUUCACUAAAAAAGAAAAAUUAAAGGCAAAUGUACACUGAAAACUCAAUUUAUUUUUUUCAAAUCUUGUGAAAAUGCCUGUGAUAAAGUAUAGAUAUGUAUGUAUUAAACCAGUGAUAAAAUAUUUUAGAUAUUUGUUUUGCUUAACCCCCCAUCCCCUGGGCAUGUCAAGGUCAUUUGAUCUUUAGGUUUUAUCUUAAUGUUUGUAAUUCUGGAGGAGUGAAAUGAAUCUUUUCUCUUGUGUGUACGUACACUUGUAUUGCUCACUGCUGCUUCAAAGUAAAUAAAAAAAAGUAAUGUCAAAUUGAAUUUUGUACCGUUUCAAACUGCAAUUUUUGUAGAUGGUAGAGCGAAGGCUAUAUAGUUGCAGCCAUAAACAAGCUCUAGGUUUCUGUAGUUAAGCUUUUAUGAAAAAUACUGGUUUUUCUGUCUGUCUUUUUUUAUAUAUUUCUAUAAAGAGACUUAACAAAGCAAAGUUUUUUGGUAGAUAAAAUCGAUCUCGUCCAAGCCAAAAAAAAGGAAAAAAAGAAAUGGCGUUUAGUGAAGUUUUAGCCUCUCAAUCAAACUUCAUGUUAAGUCUCUUUUGAGCAAAUUACGUUUGGAUGAAAACUGUUCCUGUUGAGAAGGUUGAAAAGAUGUUCGUAGCGCUAAAACUGUCACUUCUUACUUAAUUAUAUUGUAUCCAUUAUGAAAUAUAGAACACCUUCCUAUU